AUGGCCUAUGACGGGGUUGAAUUUGCCAACGACAUCAGCCCUUCUCUCGUGACGAUCUCCAUCAUCAUCGUCAUGGUCAUCAUCGUCAUCAUCGUCUCCACCAUCAUUAUCGUCAUGAUGGUGUCAUUGAUCAUGAUGAGCAUCAUCAUCGUCACCAGCAACAACAACAACAACAACAUCAUCAUCAUCAUCAUCAUCACGAUCAGGAAUACCUGA